CGUCAUCGCUGAUGUCUCACCGAUGCGCUGCGUCCGCCUGACACCGUCGAACCGUCGCCGCUCCAUCGCGCGACCCGCUUCACCUCCGGGAGCGUCUCCGCUCACAAUGUAAAGCGCGCCGCCCGGAGCCGAGCCAGCGAGGAGGCGCCACCCGUGCCGGAGGAAAUGCAGGGCGACGGCGGCGACGCGACGCCGGCGAGCGCCCGCGGAGCCGCGGCCGCAGCGAGCGCGGCGCAGAACUCCGCGCGUGGGCAAACUGUCGCCCACAACGGAUACAACUCAACAGCCGACUCCCGGCCCACGAGCCCGACCCCCCCCCAACCUCCGGCCAGGGAGCAGUGGGACGGCAAGUACGAGUUCCUGCUCUCCUGCAUCGGAUACUGCGUGGGACUGGGGAACGUGUGGCGCUUCCCGUACCUUUGCUACCGCAACGGAGGAGGCGUGUUUCUCAUCCCCUACUUCAUUAUGCUCUUCUUCACCGGCGUGCCGCUCUUCCUCAUGGAGCUGAGCCUGGGCCAGUACGGAGCAGCCGGUCCCAUCACUGUGUGGAAGUGCUGCCCUCUGCUAAAAGGUAUCGGCAUCGGGAUGCUGUGCGUGUCCACGCUGGUGUGCCUCUACUACAACGUCAUCAUAGCGUGGACCUUUUAUUACCUGGGCAGCUCCUUCCAAAGCCCUCUGCCCUGGUCCUGUGACGCCAUAGGCAACGCCGCGCUCUGUGGCAACACCAGCACCGGCAACAGCUCCUCGGCCAGAAGCCUCAGCCCCACAGAGAUCUUCUGGAACGAGCGCGUGCUCGGGGUGGUGAACAGCGACGGCCUCCACGACCCGGGCCCCGUGCGCUGGCCCCUGGCCCUGUGCCUCCUGGCUGCCUGGGUCAUCAUCUUCCUGUGCAUGCUGAAGGGCAUCCGCAGCUCCGGCAAGGUGGUUUACGUCACCGCCACCUUCCCGUACUUCGUGCUGGUUGUGCUGAUCAUCAGAGGCGCCACGCUGGAGGGCUCUCUGGGGGGCGUCGCCUUCUACCUCACGCCGGACUGGGGCCGCUUAGCUAACGCACAGGUGUGGAACGACGCCGCGUCCCAGAUCUUCUACUCGUUGGGCAUUGGAGUCGGGGGGCUGCUGUCGAUGGCCUCCUACAACAAGUUUGACAACAACGUCAUCAGGGACACGCUGGUCAUCACCAUCGGAAACUGCAGCACCAGCUUCUUUGCGGGAUUCGCUAUUUUCUCCAUCCUGGGUCACAUGGCGUGGAGGAAGGGCGUGCCCGUGGCUGAGGUGGCCGACACAGGUCCCGGUUUGGCCUUCGUCGCUUACCCAGAAGCCCUUGCGUUGCUGCCAGGCUCCGUGUUCUGGUCUAUUUUGUUCUUUCUCAUGCUCUUCAUGCUCGGGGUCGAUACUCUGUUUGGGAACAUGGAGGGAAUCACCACCGCCGUGCUGGACGAAUUCCCGCAGCUCAGAGGAAACACGCUGCACAAGUCCAUGUUCCUGGGCGCUCUGUGCUUCUGCUUCUACCUCAUGGGUCUCCUGUUAGUGACCGACGGAGGGAUUUACUGGUUCACCCUCAUUGACUCCUUCAGCACUAGUUUUGGCCUCAUCAUCAUCACCCUCUUCAUGUGCAUUGGCAUCUCCUUCUUCUAUGGAGUCAACCAGUUUUGCCAGGACAUCAUCGACAUGAUCUGCCAGUGCCCCCCGUGGUGCAGCAAAGUGCUGCUUUACUUCAAAGCGUGCUGGGUUUUCUGCACCCCGUUCCUUCUGCUGUUCAUCCUGACAUACAUUUUCAUUGAGAUGUACAACACGCCGCUCCACUACGGGUCCUAUGUGUAUCCACGAUGGGGCAAGGCUCUGGGCGUGUGCAUGGGCGCUACCUGCUGUCUACAGAUCCUCAUCUGGGCUAUAGUGGCCAUCUGCAACGAAACUGGAACGCUGAAAGACCGCUUCCAGAAAGCCAUUCGACCUCUGAAUUCCUGGAGAGUCAACAACUUGAACAGCACGGGGCGAGUGGAGGAGCGCGUGGAGCCGGAGCGAGUGGAGGCGCCGUUCACCGUCACACUCACAGACACGGACUUCACUGGGAUGAGGUGGGAGUCUGCGAGCUACGCGUGACAACACGGAGCGAUGAUGAACGCACGACCAUGAAUUUCACGCUCAAGAGACACAUUUAAUACAUUUGAACGUUGACCCCCCCUCAGCUUGACUCUGGGGCCGUGCCUGACUAUGGAUUCUGCAGGGCAGUGCAUAAGAAACACAGCUGUUAUCUAUGUUUAAAUAAUGUUUUUUGUUCUUUCUUCUGGGAUGUCGGCAGUAGCGUCAUUCUGAUCCUAUUUAUUUUCAUAGUAGCAGUGCAAUGAAUGUUCAUCGCAGCAGUCAUGUGCAUCAGGGAUUAUGUUUUAUCCGUCACGUACACGACAGAACAGAAAAUGUGUGCUGCACCGACUGAUGUCAAGAAAUUACCACAAAUCAUCAGGUUCCUGGACACAUUAAUACUUUUAAUCCGCUUUACCUUUUAAAAUGAAUUCCUAGAAAAACAAAUCUAAUUUAACAAAUUAUUCAACAAAUUUCAGUCUUAUGUGGCCGCGGGCGUUUCACUGAGCAGUACCUGCUGAUUGCUGGCUUUGUUGCUCCAGAAUACAUGGAAGUACAUUUUUAUAAUGUGCAGGCUUUUAAAUAGGAAUACUUAGAUUUACAGGAGACAGAGUGGGUGUUUACAGGAACACGCCUUUAGAGUCCUUCAGUGUUAGAUGUGUCUAAGGAGGACCUCAGUGGUUGAAUGCAUUGUCCACUUGACGUGAUCACUGUCACUAUAUCAGUAAAAAUCCUUCCAUUAUUACACUAAUUUGAAACCAAAGGACAUUCAAACUGUUUUAAUGUUUAUUUUAUAUUUUUAAAAGGGUCUUGUUGAAAUAGACUGCUUCAGAUUUGUGUAACUAAACGGCACCUCUCUGAAAAAUUUUUGUAAACCUAAAGAUUAAAUUUGGAAGUAAUAUUGUGUCAUGAUGAAAAUAAAUACAGUAUGUGCUGCAUGCCAGACUUGUGGCGUCAGCAUUUUAUUAAAGGCUUUUGGUGACACAAUUUUUUGUGUGUUUAUAUUAAAGCUCACUUUACAUAAUAUUUCAAGUAUUUCUUUUAUUUUGAAGUCUUGAAUCAGGAAUAUUUCAUGUUUCGUUGUUUUGGGAUCAUAUGUCAUGUCAUGAAAUUUCUACUUUAAUUGUUUUGCCUUUAUGUCCUGUUGCCAUUCUAUUGUACAGUCAUGCAAAUAAUUAUAAAAUGUUCUGCCUUCAUA